UUAAAACAACAAGAACUUAUAUAGAAAAAAUAGAAAAAAAUCCUAAAUGUCAAUGGAAACUCAACUUUCUUUAUUUUAAUAUUAUUUAGGCCGAAGUUUUUGGGUUUUUGAUCCAAUUGUGUUAGUUUUAUUGAUUAUUAAAUUUUAUUUUGCUUAUCCUUUAUUAUUUUAAGGGUAUGCACUGAUCGGAAAAUCUAACUUAAAUAAAAUGGAAAUUUUAGGUUAGAUACCAAACCCGAAACCUAAUACUUUUAUAACUGCAAUUGUUCUGCAAUUAUAAUAUAUUCUCAAAAUGUUGUGUCGAAACAUAAAAAAUCGCUAUAUCAAUUAUGCAGUCACUGUAUUCAGAUAUAAUUCGACAGCUUCGCAAGUCAUUUUGGAAACCUUGCCGGAGCGUGACGAUGCUGUAGAAAAAAAGAAGAGUCCACUUGAUUAUCCUGAUUACUUCAAAGUCCAUGACCUAUUUACCGUGAAGGAUUUAUUUGAUGCUCGAGUCCAUUUUGGUCACAAGGAAGGUUCACUCAAUGAUUAUAUGAGACCAUAUCUCUAUGGUUCGAGGCUUGGCCAUUUAAUAUUCGAUUUGGAUAUCACAGCUGAACAUUUACGUAAAGCUCUGAAUGUCACUGCACAUAUUGCAUACAGAGGUGGUAUUAUUUGCUUUUUCAAUAGGAAUGCUUUAAAUGCACACUUAGUUGAAAACACUGCAAAAGAAUGUGGAGAGUAUGCCCAUACAAGGUUUUGGCGAGGUGGUAUUUUUACAAAUGCUAACCAUCAGUUUGGUGCUGUGACACGAUUGCCAGAUUUGUGUAUAUUUUUAAACACACAGAAUAAUAUAUUAAAUCAGCACACUGCUGUUAGAGAUAGUGCAAAAAUGUUAAUACCAACAAUUGGCAUCGUGGACUCCAAUUGCAACCCUAAUUUAAUCACAUAUCCAAUACCAGGAAAUGAUGAUACACCAAGUGCUAUACAAUUAUAUUGUGAAUUAUUUAAACAAGCUAUAAAAAGGGGUAAAGAAGAGAGAAUGAGGUUUUUACAAGAGAAUGACAAUUGAAAUGUAGUAAUGUAAAAGUAGUAGUUAAAUGAAUAUAAGUAUGUAUAAUUGUAAUUA